GAAUGCCCCAAAGUUGCACUGAACUGUAGCAGAAGAAAAGGCAGAGCACCACCAGCAGCAGGGGAGCAGACCUGGCCGUGGUGGAGACCGGUGCGAUCGGGGAAGGGAAAGGCUGAAUGGCCGCCAGUUGGAACCUGGUGGGACCCUGUAGUCUUGUGUUCUCCAGGAUUGCAAGGCGAUCUGCCGGUCGCGUUCCUCCCGGGAUGGCCAGACACUGGCCUCGUUUUAAACUGAUCGUCUUCAGCUGUCCAUCUGGGAACUGCAUGCUUCUGGGAAACAGCAGGAGCAGGAACAGGAGGCAGAUGAGAUAAGGCUGCCCUCGAUUGCACAGGAGCGUGUGCUGAUCUGAGACGACUUCACAUCAGAGCCACCUCAGCCAUCUGUGACUGAGCUCCCUGAAGCAGUGGUGGACGAGGCGGAGGCGGCAGCAGCUCUGGCAGCGGCUAACCCUGCCCUCAGUGGGUUUGUAUUACCAGAGCAUGCACUGAUUUGCUGCCUUGUCUUUAGACCCAUCCCAAUCGUCAGGGUGUGUGGUGCAUGGUGUGGGGGGGAGCCACUGCCUCUGUAAUAAAUGAUAGAGGAUACAAUGACUUUGCUGUCUCUGUUGGGUCGGAUCAUGCGUUACUUCUUGCUGAGACCAGAGACCCUCUUCCUGCUAUGCAUCAGCCUGGCCCUAUGGAGCUACUUCUUCCAUACGGAUGAAGUGAAAACCAUCGUCAAGUCCAGCAGGGAUGCUGUGAAGAUGGUGAAGGGCAAGGUGGCAGAGAUCAUGCAGAAUGACCGGCUCGGGGGUCUGGAUGUGCUGGAUGCUGAGUUCUCCAAGACGUGGGAGUUUAAGAACCACAAUGUGGCUGUCUACUCCAUCCAAGGCCGGAGAGAUCACAUGGAGGACAGAUUCGAAGUGAUCACUGACCUGGUGAACAAGACCCAUCCUUCCAUAUUUGGGAUAUUUGAUGGGCACGGAGGAGAGUCAGCAGCAGAAUAUGUGAAGUCCCGCUUACCUGAAGUCUUAAAACAACACCUUCAAGACUAUGAGAAAGACAAGGAGAAUAGUAUAUUAUCCUACCAGACCAUACUGGAACAACAGAUUCUAUCAAUUGACCGAGAAAUGCUGGAAAAAUUGACUGUGUCUUACGACGAGGCAGGAACAACAUGUUUGAUUGCAUUGCUGUCAGAUAAGGAGCUCACAGUGGCCAACGUUGGGGAUUCGAGGGGCGUCUUGUGUGAUAAGGAUGGAAAUGCUAUUCCUUUGUCACAUGAUCACAAACCCUAUCAGCUGAAAGAGAGGAAGAGGAUUAAAAGAGCUGGUGGUUUCAUCAGUUUUAAUGGUUCCUGGCGUGUUCAGGGGAUCCUGGCCAUGUCCCGCUCCCUUGGAGAUUAUCCACUGAAAAAUCUGAAUGUUGUCAUCCCUGACCCUGAUAUUCUGACCUUUGACCUGGACAAACUCCAGCCAGAGUUCAUGAUCUUAGCAUCAGAUGGGCUGUGGGAUGCCUUUAGCAAUGAGGAGGCUGUUCGGUUCAUCAAAGAACGCUUGGAUGAGCCACACUUUGGAGCCAAAAGUAUAGUCCUCCAGUCAUUUUACAGAGGAUGUCCUGACAACAUAACUGUCAUGGUGGUGAAGUUCAAGAACAGCAGUAAAACAGAAGACCAGUAAAUUUCUCAUGUCCUUCUGCAUCUCUUUUGGCGAACCUCUUCAUCAAACCCUUACACUUUGACAUAGUAGACAGUUGUAGCAAGUAUAUUAGCAUUAAGACUGGACAUCCAAAAAGGAAAGAGGAAAAUCACUCUUCAGUAAAGCGCUACGCAGCAAACACAUUCAAAACCAUUGUUCAAAAACAGUGUUCCCCCACAUGUUCUUUCCUCCAGCUCUUUAAGCUUAGAAAAAAUCUUCCAUUUUAAAGGCUAAUGACUCCUGCUUUGGUUAUUUAGAAUACCUCCGAUUUCUUCGUCUUAGUCUAAAAGUUUGCAACAGCAUUUGGACCAGCCUCACAGGAGGCAAGAGCAGAAAACCUGUUCCUUGUAACCAAGCAAUGGAAAUUAUGUGGGCUUGUCACCAACAUAACUCUCUCCAUUUUGCAUCACACUCUUUAAUGCUACUGCUUUCUGAUUUCUAAACUGCAGAAGCAGGAAGGCAGAUUGCAAAGAGACUUGUUAUUAUUGAUCUGUCUUUCCAUAGAAUGAAAAGGAGGAAACUGUUGAUACAGAAAAGACUUCUUUCUCCAUGGUUAAGCAUCUUCUUCCAGCCAUGUCAUCAGGAAGAAGCUGUGGAGCUUGUCCAUAGCUGUGCGCUUAUUUAUACUGUCUCUGUACAUGCCUUUAAUGAUGCUUUGCCUUUUUAUUUCUAACAACAGGUUGCUUCUAGGGGCCUCGUUCCUCAGAAAAUUGCGGCGACAGGAUUAAUUAACUCUUGCUUCUAGACAUGCCAGAUAUCAGGGUUGGGCUGUGAUUGUACAACAUAUAUAAACCAGAGGCUAUCAAGAAAGUCAAGUGAAUUUUUAGGACAGGAGUUUCUUAGAUAAUACUUUAGAAUUUAUUUUCAGUUAUUAACAUGUGAGCAGAUAAGAGGCUGGCAUGUGGAUGAAUGAGAACCUUCUACCUAAAAAGCAGCUUCUCAGUAGGACUGAUGCUUAGUUCAAAGGAUUUGGGAAGGGAAAAUAAUUCUGGUGGCCUAAGUAUGUAAAUAGUCUAAAGGUCAACAUUAGGAAUGAAAAGUGUUGAUUACAUUUUGCUGUAAUUUGAAGCCUGUGAAUAUUGUAUCUUUCAUUGUGGAAAGUUGGCGUUUCCAAUUUCAGUAUUGUUAGAUAAUUUAGAUGUAUUCUGGCUGUGUAAUCUCCUACAGUUCUCAUCAUGUGAUGAAGCAAUGGUUUAAAAAAAAUGGGCAGGGUAUGUCAGUGAAGCACCAUAGGAGUCUGGAGCGCUUGUUGCUUUCAUAACAUUUGCUUUGGCUGUGUUGUUUUAGGCUAUAAUACAAGAAGAGAUACUUUGUGCCAGUGGACAGGGCCUUCCUUCCUUCCAAGAAGGAUUUCCACUGAACCACUAUCAACACAGCUGGUCACUGGUGGAACUCCAGCUCAUAGUUAGAUAUGGGUCAUGAUCAGCACCUGUGGUGUGUGUGCAGAAUUAUUUAUUGCUAUGAGUAGAAAAAUGCAUGGGUGCAAUUCCUGUCCACCUGUACAGUGUACUCUGCCAAAAGAGAAGAGGAAACCUAGUUGGUUGUGGGAUGUUGCAUCAUGUGUACAGGCUUUAAUUCGAAGUCCUGUGUGUGUAGGGAUUUCGGGUUCUCUUAUGUAGAGAGGGAAUUUUGAGUGGGUGCAGUGGAAAAUGCCCUGGGAUUGGAUAUUUCCAUUUUGAUGGAAGGCAGUGAGAGGGCCAUCCACACCUGGGGCUUUACACAGAUUGUGGAGCAUGGCUACUCAGUUCUAAUUAAUGUGCAGGUGGGAUGUUGCUAGACUUGAAAGUGUUCUUUCCUACUCUUUUCACUUUUUAUAGAUAGCAGACCCUGAAGGAUAACCCAUAUAACUCUGGGGCAGUUAGGAAUGUGUCUUCUUGUUUCCCUGAAGCAGAUGAAUGGCUUGAAGAUAGUUCAGUGAUGGUUUAAAAUAUCCAAAGUUAGUAUGUUAGUUACUAUCUCCUCCUCCUAUUCCUUGCACUUGUUUACCCCCACUGCAAUUAUAUUGCUUAUGUUAUUUGAAUAAAUUAACUUGUAACUUGCAGAUUCAAAUAGGUUAAUACAUACAAAAUCUUUCUUCCUGUCCAUAUUUUGUUGCUUUCAUGUUAAUACGCAAUAACUGAUUUAACUGAAAGAACCAACGUAUCUAGCAAAAAAAACAAUACAACAGGGUUCUUGACUUGUUUGUAGCUAAACAGUUAAGACUGUAGAAGGAAAACAUUUAAAAAGGAAAUUGCUUCAGUAUUUAGGUUUCUAAACCUUUUUGUGCCAUCAGCAUUGUGGUGCUGGUGAUGUGUUGUGUAGGAGCUGUAGGAUUCUCCUGUUCAAGAUGAAGCCCUGUAUUCGGUUGUUAGUAGGAGAUGUGUUCCCGUACUGAUGCUCAGUGCUGAGCCGUCUACACUGGGGUAGGCAACUUUUGGCACACCAGCUGUUGUUAAACAAUAACUCCCAUCAUCCCCAGCCACAAUAAAUACAAGCAUAUGAGCUAUGUAGAGGAAAUGCCUGAAUGGCUAUAGAAGACAAUGUUGGCUGAUAUGAUGCACAGCAUCAUGUAAGGAGGGCUGUGCCUCCACAGGGAGUCUCCAGUGUUUCUGCAAUGAUAACACGUUGCAGAGCUGAGUGGAGGAGGAGCUGGGAGUGAUUUUCACUUUCCCCCCCUCCCUCCAAAAGCCCUUUCCACUUGCAGGAAUAUGCGUUUGGGGUUCCACAGCCUUCAGGAACAUAUUCCUGCAAGAGGAAAGGGCCUUUGAAGGGAGGGAAAAGAAACAAAAACCACCACCCCCUCCACACCCAAUCUGUUGUGCAAUCAUUGCAGGGGCCCCGAAGACUUCCUGCCAACCUGCAACCCUUCUUAUGCUGACCUACUGCUACACAUCACUGGGUGUAGAUAAUCCAAAAUGUUUCCAGGUGUGCUGUUUUAAAGACAGUUAAGAUCACCUGCAAUCAAUCCAGGGUGCCAGUCCCCAGAAUGACUUGGAGAGUAAGGGCAGCAUAGAAAAACACCGAAAGGAUCGAGUACACCAAAGCAUCCGUAUCAUUGUUAAAGCCUCCUGCAAGAAGCAUCACCUCUUCUUUGAAACACAUUCUGUGGAGCUUUCUGCUUCAGCGCUAUUGACACUGCUGUGAAUGCCAGUACUAGUCCCAGAAACCUGACUAAGGUACACUUGCAAUCUACAGUUCCUACAAGAGCAUGGAGACGUUAGGGAUUGUACAUAUGCAUCAUACAUUUGUAGCCAUUCUGUGCUGGUGCAAACUUUGAAAAGUAAAACAAAUAUCCUGGAUAAUAAUUCAUGGAUGAGGUGAAACAGCAAGAUUUUUUUUUAAAAAAAUCACAGCUUGACUCAAAGGCAUUCUUGAAAGUCCCAGGACCUUCAGCAUGUACAUGGAGAGGAGAGUUGGCCUUGUGGUAGCAAGCAUGACUUGUCCCCUUAGCUAAGUAGGGUCCGCCUUGGUUGCAUAUGAAUGGGAGACUUGACAUGUGAGCCCUGUAAGAUAUUCCCGUCAGGGGAUGGAGCCGCUCUGGGAAGAGCAUCUAGGCUCCAAGUUCCUUCCCUGGCAUCUCCAGGAGAGGGCUGAGAGAGAUUCCUGCCUGCAGCCUUGGAGAAGCCACUGUCGGUCUGUGAAGAAAAUACUGAGCUAGAUAGACCAAUGGUCUGACUCAGUAUAUGGCAGCUUCCUAUGUUCUCUAGCAGAGUUGCAGCCCUCUCCACUAACUACUACUACACCAUGUAAUUUUUAACUUCCAUUGGUACUGAUUUAGGAAGACUUGCAUUCAGCACAACCUAAUGUGCAUGAUGCAUCACCACCUGCACCACUGCAUGUGUUUAAAACACCAUCCAUGGUGUUUGUGAACAGUCCUGUUCUAUGAUUUAAAAUUGCACAAACACACCACAAAGUCCAUUAUUUCCAACGGCUGUCAUGUUGUGCAACUGUUUGCACAAUUGUAAGUUGCAGUGGAACAGGCUAUUCCACACCAAGGGCAAAAUUUCAUAUACACACACAGCAGCAUGGGUGGUGCAGAACCACUCACGUUGGGUUGUGUUGAAUUUGGGAGAUUGUCAGUGCAAUACAGAAAAUGACAGGAUUUCUUGUUAGAGUAAAAAAAAAAAAAAGGGAUAUAAGUAAAGAGUUCCAGCUGUGAUCACUGGAAGGCUGGUUUCAACUUUCCGUGAGAGUAGGAUCAGAACUAAAAGUACUAUUCAAUUCCCAAAAAGGAAUGGGAGUUCUUGUUGAGAACCUUACUUCAUUUUGGGCCAAUUCACGCUAUGUACAGUAGCAAAACAAACAUGUUUUGUUAACAAGAUGAUAGGCAACGGGAGAGGGACCACCACUAAGUGUGUUACACAAGGCUAUUUUAAUCACCUGCUGCCCCUUUUGUCACACUUUGCCUCAUUUGCAACAACAGGCACCCCACCCCUGUCAUCCCCUCCUUUGCUGUGUGACAGGUCCCUCAAUUCUUUUGCAAAAAACCUCACUGACAGCAAUUUUAGUACAGGGUGGGUGAAGGUGGGUGGUGUUUGGCUGAGAUCCAGAGCUUUUAAGAAUCUUGAUCAGCACAGCUGGCUCCGGAGUUGAAGGGUGGUGUUGCUUCUCCUUUCCUCUUGCAUUAACUCUCUUGGAGUGGCUUUAUAAAGCUGCUUCUCAAGAGGGAAGCACUAAGAUCUCUUUAGGCUUCUGUAACAUUGGUUAUCAACUAGGAGGGCUGCAGUGGUGACAGCCAUGACUGUGAGGUUGAAGAGAAGACUGCUCAAGAGAGCUAGAUAGAGUAAAGAUGAAAAUAAUGCCUGACAUACUACACCACAUUAUUCAUCUGGUGGAAUGUAACAUGCUUGCUGAUGCCCAAGCGCAAAAAUUGCACAAAUGGGGUUGUGCUACAGUGUAGCCAUUAUAACGGUUGCCCUGUCACACAAGCACAAUUUUUGCGCUUGUGCUCUUGCACGGCUAUGACGCGCUGCACAGUGUGCAUAAAAUCAUGCUGCAUGCCUGCUUUGAUUAAGAUAAUAGAAUUAAGGUGGAUCCAUUAACUGCAAGGUGCAGUUAAAGGUGGAUCUUGCAUCUAGAAAGGUUGCAGGCUACCACAGGAAUAGAUACACAACUGGAACUUCCUUAGAGCCAUGGCUAAAAGUUAGCUCAUUUUAGAUUCAGCUCAUAGUUCUAAGCGUUUAAAACCAUAGCAAGUAUUAGUGAAAGGGAAGGAUGACUGAAAAAUUAUCCUCCCCUCCCUGCAGUGUUUUGAUCAGAAAGUCAAACUACAUUUCCUUUACGCAACUUGAUAGCUACUAUGCUUUACAAAUGCCAGCCAGUAGCUAGGAAAAAAUGAGCAAACAAAAAUGGAGAUUUGACAUCAGCUGCAAAACAAAUUUUAUUAAUCAGGGCAUUGCAUAUUAAAAGAACCUGCAAGUGUGUUUGUUAAUUCGCAUUCUAUUGAAAGCAAUUUUUAGUAGCUAAGGGAGGAAAAUUUCAUAAUAGCAGGCAGUAGGCCACAAACAAUUGCAGUAUACAGGUUAUAUUCAGUCAAGUGUUGAAAAGGCCUCAUUUGCCCAGCCACCCAUAUAAAAAGAAAAACAGUCUCACACUGUACAUGAGUUCAGUAGGAAUUAAUAGCUGUAUAUGCAUAUUUAUAGAUGUGUUUACAGUUUUCAUCUUGUAGGAAAGUCUCCUAUACCAGGAAAUAAAAACAUAACAGGAGAACAAGGCAUGGCUUAAUGGACGAGCAGAAAUCAUCAUUUCACUUGAAAAAUGUAGGAUAUUCCUACGCAAACAUGACUUGGACAAUCUUUUGCAGGGAAUCUGAUUCAGUUUCUAAUUCCAUUUUGGUGCAGCGCAGACAUGCCAUACGGUAUAACCAUCACGCUGCUUGGGAAACUGCCCGUUUGGUGCAGCCCUGCUGCCACUAUCUUGGAAAGGGACAGCAGCCUCACAGCACAUCAUUCGACACAUAAUGCAGUGCUUGAGGUCGGCCACUGAAAAACAUCUAGAGCAGCUAGUUUAACAGUCAUAACUGAUAGAAUAUGCAGGCUAUAUAUUUAUGUUUCUGCACAAUCUGCAGAAACAUAAAGGUAUUUCAGUUGCACUGAAAUGUAUGAGCAUGAUCCAGCCAAAAUUAAGCACUUUUAAGCCCCAUUAAUUUUGAUGGGAUUGCUAAAUACAAAUGUUAAUCUUUCUUGUUGAAAUGACUGAGAUACAUGCGUUCAACUUUGGCUGGAAUUUAAAUGUUCAAAAUAGGAAGGUUGAAAGGCAUGUGUGAUUAUUUGAAAUGUUUUUGAAGAGAUGGUGAAUGCUAGCUUUUAUCAAAACAUGUCCUAUAAUCUCUUUUAAAUCACCUAUAUUGGCCUGCCGUGGAUGCUAUAACUGCUGUAACCUCAUGGUUCUUACAUCUGAGGCAAACCUAGGAAGCCUAACACCACAUUUUUAAUAUGGAUGUAUCUCCAGGGAUUCAGGCAAUAUCUUUUCCAGCAGCUGCUGCCUAAUUCUUUUAACCUGAGAUGCUGGGAUUGAACCUAGGACUUCUGCAUGCUAUAGCCCCUCGCUCCCUAAAUCUAGCACCACAGUUUAGUGAAUAAGUGCAAUCUCUGACAAAAAAAAUAGGAAUACAGCAGGGGGGAUAUCUAGAUACAGUUUUAGGGCUGUAAAAUUUAAUUGAUUCAUCAAAUUACUUGAUUAAAAUUCUUUCUGUUGAUUAAAACAUUGACCCCAAUUAAUUUAGAAGACCUUUUAAAAAAACAUUUAAUAUUUUUACUACAAAUGCUUGCAAAACCAUGGGUAGCAGGCAUUAUUUUGGAAGAACCAUUCCUCUUCUUUCACACAAGAUGGAAUGCAUUUGCAAAGAUAACACCUGCCAGAAGAGAUUUGUGCAUCAUAUAAAAGUAAAGAAAGAACGCUUUCUUUCAAACUGUUUUAUGCACUUGCAAAUUUAAUUAAUUAAAACUCAUGUUGAUUUACUAUAUUUUUUCUCUUUGUGGGUGAAAGCAGUUGGACAGUUGCUUGUAAUUUUCAGUAAAGCAAUGCCAUCAUUUUAAACUCACUUUGACUUGCAAACUAAAUACACAGGCAUUAACUGAAUACAAUUUACCUUCGAUGAUAUAAACACCUCAUUUAAAAGUGAGCAGCAUGGCUAGGCUUUUUUCUGGUGUGGAGGAGCUGUUUCUCUUAAAGUUACAGUCAUAUUUUAACUUUCCCAGCUAUAAAUGAGUCUGCCUUAAUGUUUUAGAUGAGUUGUUGCCCCUAAUUACAGAAUACUGUUGUUUUUUAAAGAGCCAAAUUUCUACAGGUGUUACAUAAGAUGACCCAGUCACUACAAUAGGAAGCGCUAAGAUUUGGAACAAUUGAAAUUAAAUAAAGGUUUUGGGCAGGCUUCCAGUGUGCAUCCUGGCUGUUAUCCAUAAUCACAAGAAGUAGCAGCUAGGUACUCAAGACAAAGCUUGACCCUUAGUCUUGCCACUUCAUAAAAUCUAGCUGGGUUAUAGUUUAAACUGACUACACUACUUCUAGGAUUAGAUACAGUAUCCCUAGUUGCUGUACUAAAACUGUCUACAGAAAGCCUAAAUUUUUAUAGUGUUGGCUAGUGCAUAGUCCCAGCACCAACAGGAACAGACUACUCAGCCCCUUGCAUUAAGUCCUGAGAAAGACCACUUGUCCUGCUUUAGCAAAGAUUAACAGGUGCAUCUAUCUUUGAGAGACACUGAGGUCAUUCACACAAUCAAAUACUGAUUUCUGUAGCUGUGUGUGCUCCCAAUUUUCGUUUGUGUGGAAGCAAGGUAAAAGGGUAGAUGUGAUUGUGUGAAGCGAGGUAGGAGGAAAAGCUACCCAGGUAGAAAAGCUCCUAAACCCAGGUAGAACACAGUUUUUGAUUGUGUGGAUGAACCUAUUGUAGGUACAUCAGAACAUGGUUCGUACAUUCUCUUAUGCUGGUGCAGUAACAGAGAAAGAACAGGAAUGAUUGUGCCACUGUCGCCAAAGCUUAUCCAUAGGAGCCCAUGGCCUUUCUAAUGUAGGCUAUAGGAAUAAAGUCUGAGAGAGCCACCCAAGCGCUUUCUGCUUAGCUCAGUUUCUAGAAUUAACUUUCGGAAACAAGCACACAAUUGCAUUAAGAUGCAUGGAGGCAUACAUAGCAGUGUGUAGUGUGUGCAUCUGUGUUUCAGACAAGACAUCCACUGGAAUACUCUGGAAGCCAAACCAGACAUCUGUAGCACAUACAGCUUGUGUUGAUUAUAUUUGUAAACAUCUGAAGAUACAAAUAUGCAUUUCUGGAACUUCAAAAAUAUUUUUGGACACAACUACUAAUUUAAGAAGGAACCAACCCAUUGUAGUAUCCACAGUUAAACCAUAACAACUUUAACCUAUCAAAACAUUAGCCAUUAUGCACAAUUAAAAGGAGGAACUAGUGAAACCUCAUCAUUCUUGGUACUAGUAGAGGUUUUCUUUUGUACCUAUUUUACAUCUGUCUCUAAGAGACAAUUUGAAACAUGGUCAAAUGAAAAUGUAAAUAUAACGUUUGCUGUAGUAUAACCUCAAAGUGACAAUACUCAUGUCACUUAUAGAUGUCAGUAACUAUGGUAUCUUCUGUGUGUGCAUUAGAAAUAGUUGUGUUUUGGGGCUUUUUUACAUGUAUGAAAGAAUAAAUGUUUCAUGCAAUUACAGAUUCUGUAUUAAUGUCUACCGAAAGUGUAAACUACUGAGAAAGCAUUGCCUUGGUUGUAUGAUUAAAAUGAAAAUAAAGGCUUUAAAAUAAGCAUAUUUAAAUAAACAAGCUCCCCCCACCUCCAUAUUAUA